GUGUGGAUGCCAUAAUACCAUUCACCAGUCAGACAGCACCGGUUGCUCAAACCAUUUGCUAUAACCUCCUCACCAUUCCCAUCCUUUCAUUUCAAAAACACUUCCUUCAUUUCCUUGUUUUGAACAUGUCAUCAUUCACUCGUUCUCUCUCUUUGUAACUUCCCUUAAGGGGCAGGAUCAUAGACAGAAUGUCAAAAUAGAGGAUGCAACUGUUUUGUAGCUUUUUGCCUUCAGAGGAGAGGGGGAGAAGACGAGUUAAUUACAGCAUUAGCUCAUUACCUGUGUCUUCUCUUCCUCAUUUGCUCCCUAUGCUCUGAGAGAGUGUGGUUCAGCCAGAUAGAGACUGCGUGACAAAGAAGUCUACUAGGAUAACUGUCAUUCUAGCACUAAAAGAUCAGCUAAAGGAUAUCAUCUUGGAGGAUCAUAUUUUAUUUGUCUUAGAUUCCUAUAUUUUAUUCAUUGAUACAGUAUUUUUUUAACUGGCUACUCAGUGGAUGAGUAUGGACUUCAGAAACUGCUUCACUGGAGGGUAAGUUCUCAAAACGUUAUUGGAUUAAUCUAAGAGGAAGUGUUUAAGGAUCAAGAGUUAUUGCUUUCCCGGAUUGACUUAGACUCUCCUGGAUCUCUUGCUGUGAUCUAGAUGUGCAUCUGACUUUAGUGAGCAGAUCAUCGGUUUGUGGUGCAAGUGUAGGUUUGAGCCUUUGAGACUUCAGAAACAUGCAGCCUGUGUCAAGUUUCAGGUGCAAGGGACAGGGAGAGGGCACUUUUCAUGAGCUCAUGCCCAGAUCAGGAAUGGUUACAGGAGCAGGAGGAUCAGGUAGUAGUUCUGGGAGUCUUCAUAGCCCGCAGAGACACCCUAAAUUUCCUCGAGAGCUCAGCCUGGAAGAGCAGCAGGAACUAAGACGGAAAAUCAACAGCCGUGAGAGAAAGAGAAUGCAAGACCUAAACUUGGCCAUGGAUGCUUUGCGGGAGGUAAUGGUACCAUACUCUUCCUCCCCAACCUCAUCCUUGGCUGCAGGAGGAGGGCUGCAACACCCUUAUCUACCACUUGGAGCUUCUCCGAAUGGCCGCCGUCUUUCCAAGAUCUCCACGCUGGUCUUGGCUCGCAACUACAUCCUGCUCCUUGGCUCCUCCCUCCAGGAGAUGAGGCGGCUGCUAGGUGAGGUCAGCAUCGGAGGGACUGUACCGCACCUGCUCCUGACAGGAGGGUGGCCAUUUCUGACUGGGCCAGGACAGCUCUUGCUCAGUUCACCAGAACAGUCACUUGGACUGACCCAGUGUUCUUCAUUGCCACUGAAUAGUGCUCUGGCCCCGGAGGAGUCUACACCAUGGGGUUCACGGGGAGUGGCAGGGACACCACUCUGCCCCUGUCGAGUGUGUCGGGGACCCAGAGUGGUGCAUUCAACUCCUACAUCUCGCUUCCAGAAAUAAUUUUCAAAAACUUAUGAGUGAAUGACAAUAAUUGCUCAUUUGAAAAAAAACAAAUGUUAUUAUACAAGCAAGUUAGUUAUUCUCUCUUUUUCUGGUUUUCAUAUUGACUUUCCUGUUGACUUUUUUCUUAUUUUUUUCUUAUCUUUUUUCAACUUUUAUUUUGUGAAAAAUAGUUUUUUCUGAAUCUGAAACUCAGUAAAAUAAUAUUAUAAACAUUUUGACAAAAUAUACUUGCUUCAGAAUUGAACUGUAAUAGAUCCAAAAUCUGACAGUUAGUUAAAUAUGCAAAGAUGCAAAAA